UUGGCUUACUUUGAUAUUAUCUUCAUAUGUCCUUCAUUUUUCAUUUCCGUUUCGUUUCAGGUAAUCAAACAGCUCAAUGAAGAAGAGAUAGACCAGUUCAAGGAAGCCUUUCUACUGUUCGACAAAGAUGGGAAUGGUACGAUUUCUAUUAAGGAAUUGGGAAUUGCGAUGAGAGCACUCGGCCAAAAUCCCACCGAACAACAAAUCCUCGAGAUCAUCAACGACGUCGACAUGGACGGCAACGGUCAAGUAGAAUUCCCUGAAUUCUGUGUGAUGAUGAAGCGGAUGAUGAAGGAAAGCGAUUCAGAGAUGAUUCGAGAGGCGUUUCGGGUGUUUGACAAGGACGGAAAUGGAUUGAUCACGGCAUCCGAAUUCAGGCAUUUCAUGAUUCCGAGGAAUAAAUAUGCAGACAGACAGGAAUGUGAUUGCAAUUUCGUAAAUUUUUCGUUCUAUAUAAUGCUUGGAAAAAGGUCUUACACAGGAUGA